GGCUGGAGACCACGGUGCGGUUGGCGGGGGGCAGGGAGCCAGCAGAGGGGCGUGUGGAGGUGCUGAUGGAGGUGGGAGGGGUACAGCGCUGGGGGGCCGUCUGCAGUGAGAACUGGGGCAUCAACGAGGCCAUGGUGGUGUGCAGACAGCUGGGCUACGGCUUUGCAAACAGAGCCCACCAGGAGACGUGGUACUGGCCCGGAGCUCCGGAGGCAGCAGAGGUGGUUCUGACUGGAACCCACUGCAUCGGCACAGAGAUGUCCAUACAGCAGUGUCGUAGGAACACACAGGUCUACUGCCCCAGGGGAGGAGAUGGCAAGGCGGCUGGGGUCACCUGUGUUGAGACGGCCCCUGACCUGGUAUUAGAUGCCCAGUUGGUCCAGGAGACAGCCUACCUGGAGGACCGCCCCUUGCACCUCCUGACCUGUGCCAACGAGGAGAACUGUCUGUCGUCCUCUGCUGCCCGGAUGAGCUGGCCUUACGGACACAGACGCCUGCUACGAUUCUCCUCACGCAUCAUGAACAUGGGCCGGGCCGACUUCAGACCUAGAGCGACCAGGGAGUCCUGGACCUGGCACCAGUGUCACAGGCACUACCACAGCAUUGAGGUGUUCACCCAUUAUGACCUUCUGACCCUGAAUGGAACUAAGAUUGCUGAGGGUCACAAAGCCAGCUUCUGUCUGGAGGACACCUACUGCCCCGAAGGUCUCCAGAAGCGCUACUCGUGCUACAACAUGGGAGAGCAGGGUAUCCAGGUCGGUUGCUGGGACACGUAUCGCCAUGACAUCGACUGUCAGUGGAUCGACAUCACAGACAUCAGCCCCGGGGAGUACAUCUUUCAGGUUGAAGUGAACCCCUCGUUGGACAUGGCUGAGUCAGACUUUCAGAACAACGUGAUGCGUUGCCGCUGCAAGUACGAUGGAGGACGUGUCUUCAUGUUCGGCUGCCAUGCUGGUGAUGCAUACAGUCCAGAGGUGGAGGAUCUGUUUGAGCACCAGCGUCAGAUCACCAACAACUUCCUCUAACCAACGGAACAACAGAAGAACCAAUGGGAGAUCUCCAUCCAACAGAACAACGAAUGAGAGACUUCAGAACAACCAGUCAACCAAUGGGAGUUCUCAGGGCCGAGCUUUGGAACCACAGCUCAUCUCCACUUACCCAAUCAGUGGAGAGGAGCCGCAGGAGAACCAGGAAGCCGGGGUUGGAAUGGACUG